AUGAUUGAUAUUAUUACUCACUGAGAUUCUGUUUUAGAAAUGAAUGAGCUCACAAAGGAGACACAAGAUGCCUCAGGAGCAGCUGGACACUCGCUGCUAUAAAAUAAGAGAAGGACUGCAUAAAUGGAGGGAUAUUUUCACAUGGCAUCUAUUCGAAACUUUGCUGAUGGGACAAGGCCUCUCAGCACUGAUCAGUGGGACUGCUGUAACAUCUCAGUAUCUGGCGUCCGUUUUCUAUCUGAAUACACCCAUGCUGCAGAGCUUUAUUAAUUACACCCUUCUUGGCAUCACUUACACCGUGGCACUGAUCUUCAGAAGAGGUGAUGGCAAUAUUUUGCAUAUUUUAAAAACAAAAUGGUGGAAGUAUCUAUUGUUGGGACUGACAGAUGUGGAGGCAAAUUACGCAGUGGUGAAAGCAUAUCAGUACACCACAUUAACCAGCAUACAGCUGCUGGACUGCUUUAUUAUCCCGGUUUUGAUGAUCUUGUCCUGGUUCUUCCUGAAGACCUGCUAUAGGAUCAUUCACUAUGUAGCUGUAUGUAUAUGUCUGGCUGGGGUGGGAGCGGAUAUCAUUGCUGGCCAAGACCAGGGAUCUUGUGAGAAGCAACCUGCUUCUCCAGAACAUACAUACAUCAUACAUAUAGCAUAAAAUGUAAUGCAAGUCAAACAUAUUUUUUACGGUAAAAUUCC